UACUGAUAAGUAAUUCGUAAUUAGUAUUUAAUAUUUAUAUACCUAUAGUAGUAUCUCUUUUUUUAAAAAUAUUUUGUACGCUAUUAUUCGCGUUAACAAAACGUCUAAAUAAUAAAUAUGUUAAUCGUAAUCUUAAAUCCUUUUGAUGUGUUAAAUGGCUGGGAUCGAUCUUUAGUUGGUGUUUAAACUGUUUUAUAGAUAUCGGUUAUCCUAUUAAUGUUUUUGCUGUCAUAGUGUCAUCGAAUUUUCGAUAUAUUAAUAUAAUUUGAUAAUAAUUGUCAUGCUCAAGACCUUUUUGUUUACCGUCCACUGUUAAACGUAACAUCUAUUAUUAUAGUUUUACGCAAAAUGGUUAAGAUUCCUGUUAUGGUGGGCGUAUUAUCGUUGAUCACCUUGUUGAAGGCUGAAUCAUAUGAAGAUGCCCGUUGCAAAUGUGUUUGUACUAUAGUAAAUGGUACAGAAAUGUAUAAUAAAUUAUUUAUAGCUAAUGUUCUUCCUAGCAACGAUUGUAACGGAGUAAGUUUACCAAUUAUUGGUGAAGUAAAUAAUACAAAAAAAGAAUUAUGUCCGCGAUGCACUUGUACUUAUGAAAGUAGAAACACUACAACUAUGAAAGUGGUGGUUUUAAUUGUGCUGUGUGUGAUAUCGUGUUUGGUGAUGUACAUGUUUUUCCUGCUAUGUCUGGAGCCAAUGAUGAGAAGACGCAAGCUUGUUGGCGCAUACGUAGAGCACACCAACGAAGAGGUAUGUUCUUUAUUGGAGGCGACCAUGUCCGAUAGCGGUAGUUUUGAUGAAGUUCCUCCAGCUGUUUCGUUAAAUGCAAGGGGAGGAAGUGAUCCAAUGGUUUCUAUAGCUAAUAGCAGUAAUGUUCUUAACAGAUUUGGACAUCAGCAAGACAAAUGGAAGAAACAGGUGAAAGAACAAAGAAAAAAUAUUUAUGAUCGUCAUACUAUUCUCAAUUAAUUGCUUAAUUUGAGUUAAUUUUUCAAUUUGUUAUUGUUAUUUUUACAUAAAUAGUUAACAUUUAAAAAAACUUUAUUUAACUCUUCUAUUUUGUCAUCAGUAAUAUUGAAUACCGUUGCAUUUGUCUUACCGUAAUAUAAUCCAUUUUUUGAUCAUCUAAAUUACAGUGUCUUUCUAUCAAGACACUCUAAUCUAUAUUAUAUUAUUUUCAUUAUCAAGGAAAAAUAGUUUUUUUUAAAUAUAUUUUAAUUUUGAUUAUUUGUA